GAUCCUAACUUUGUGGAGGACAGAUUUCGUGUGGAUCGAAAAAAACUGGAGCAAAUGUUACAAGACAGCUAUGAUGAUGAUGAAGGUGCUGAAGAUUUUUUCCAGAGGAUUAUGGAUGAAACAAAUACACAAAUAACAUGGCCGUCCAAAUUAAAAAUCGGUGCAAAAUCAAAAAAAGAUCCUCAUAUCAAAGUUAUUGGUUAUCCCAAUGAUGUUAAAAUUGCCAAAGAAAAAAUUGUUGCCAUACUUGAUACAAAGGGAAAUAGGGUGACAUUAAAAAUGGACGUGUCACACACGGAACAUUCACAUGUCAUAGGAAAGGGAGGUAAUAAUAUAAAACGUGUCAUGCAGGAGACCGGAUGUCAUAUACAUUUUCCUGACUCUAAUAGAGGGUCGAAUGUACAGGAAAAAAGCAAUCAGGUAUCCAUAGCAGGACAACCAAAUGGUGUAGAAAAUGCCAGAGCUCAAAUUAGGGAAUUAUUACCAUUAGUAUUUAUGUUUGAAUUACCCAUGACCAUACCAGAAACUACGACGCCUGCCAUUCAACAAAUACAGAACACAUAUAACGUGACAGUUAGUAUCAAACAACGACCUAGGAUGUACGUUACUACGGUUAUUGUACGAGGUUCCGUCAAUAACGCUAAACUAGUGAAAGAAGCAACUUGUCGACUUGGUGAACAGCUGACUGGAAACGGUUCGAUACCAGUGAGCAUGCAGCUAGAAAUAGCCCCACAACAUCAUCUCUUUAUCAUAGGCAGGGGUGGGGUCAACAUCAAACAAAUCAUGCAGAGAACAGGGGCCAGUAUUCAUUUCCCUGACCCCUCAACUUCGACCCCACAGCGGAAAGGAACAGUAUAUAUUACUGGUAAUAUGGACAGUGUUGCCAUGGCACGACAACAGUUAAUAGGAUGUUUACCUUUAGUGUUGAUGUUUGAUGUAAAAGAUGAUAUUGAAUUAAAACAAAGUCAGAUAUCUCAACUGAUGGAGAAACUAGAUGUAUAUAUCAGUGUUAAACCAAAACCAAAACAACCAAGCAAGUCUGUGAUAGUAAAGAGUAUAGAGAGGAACGCUACCAAUAUGUAUCUAGCCAGAUUAUUUCUACUAGGGUUUGACAGU